AUGGUUGAAACAUGGAUAGAUAUGAAUAUAAAAAACCAGGGUCCUGUUAAAUCAAUGGAAGGCAUCAUUUCAGAAACAACGGAUACACCUAUUGAAUCAUUACCGUCACCUCUUCUAGAUUUCGAGAAUUCUGAUGUUGAAAAAAUGGAAAAUAACAAUUUUGGAACAGAAAUUUCUCCUGCGGUAAAUACUACAGAGGUUGCAAGUGAGCUUAACUCCUCAAAGAGUGGAGAUUUUUCACCAUCUGAAGGAUCAGAUUAUAAACCGCCACGAACUGUGAAACAUAAGAGUAUAUUUAAAACUAGAUCUCCCAAACGUAGCACCUCGUCCAGUUCUUCAAGUUCCAGCAGUAGCUCGUCUAGUUCCAACAGCAGCAGCUCAUCUAGUUCGUUGAGUUCAUCUGACACUGAUAAUAGGGGUAAUACUGAUGAGGCUGAUGGUAAUACGGAAAGUGUUGAAGUUUAUAACGACCCAGGACCCCUUGUGGAUACGAGUGAAGAUCACACUGAGCAAGUAUCCAAUAUAAAAGACGAUACCACAAUUUGCUUUUUCUGGCACGAGGGUCUUGGCAAACGCGGCGCCAAUGAAAUAGGAACAUGCCUUUACAAGUUUUUGGAGGAUCUUUCUAACAAACAACCAGAUAAAGACAUAAUAUUUUAUUCGGAUAAUUGCUGCGGGCAGCAAAAAAAUAAGUAA